UCAGAUAUAGGUUCCUGUUAAUGAGAAGAUGAGUGAACUGAAGGACUGUCCCCCUCUGAAGUACUAUGACUUCAAACCUGUGGACCAUGUGAAAGUGUGUCCACGCUACACAGCAGUACUCAGCCGCUCAGAAGACGAUGGCAUUGGCAUUGAAGAGCUGGACACACUUCAGCUGGAGCUGGAAACACUCCUCUCCUCUGCGAGUCGGCGUCUCAGAGCGCUGGAAGAACAGAGACAGAUACUUACAGACUGGCAGGACAAAAAAGGGGACAAAAGGUUUCUGAAAUUAGGGAAGGAUCCAGAUCUCGCAGCCUCUUCUCGUCAUUCCAAGCCCAAAAAACAGAAGCUUGAUGGAAAGGGAAGUCAUGGUCCCGGACCUGGGCCAGGUAGACCGAAGUCUAAGAACAUACAGACCAAGGUCCAGGACUUUGAAUUUGAAGUGGACCCCCAAGAUAUACCCCGCAACCCUAAAAAUGAUGCUCCCAACAGAUUCUGGGCUUCGGUGGAGCCUUACUGUGCAGACAUUACAAAUGAAGAGAUCAGAGUUCUGGAAGAGCUGCUCAAACCCCCUGAAGAUGAAGCUGAAUACUACAAGAUCCCAGCUCUCGGAAAGCACUAUUCCCAACGCUGGGCUCAAGAGGACCUGUUAGAAGAGCAAAGAGAGGGGGCAAGAGCCAAUGACAAGAAAAAAAGCAUGAUGGGUCCUCUUUCUGAACUGGAUGCUAAAGAUGUAGACGCCCUACUGAAGAAAUCAGAGUCUCAGCAUGAACCUCCUGAGGACGGCUGUCCUUUUGGCCCUCUUACUCAGCGGCUUCUACAAGCACUGGUUGAGGAAAACAUCAUAUCCCCUAUGGAGGAUUCCCCCAUUCCAGACAUUCCAGGGAAGGAUGAUGGGGCUGGAACAUCACCUCGUAGCCAGGGUAAAGCCUUCAGUGUGCCUCACACACGCUCUCUGGAGGCUCGUAUAAGAGAAGAGCUGGUGUCUCAGGGGCUGCUGGACUCUGAUGAGAGGCAAGGUGUCGGAGGAGAGUCUGAAGACGAAGUGCUGGCCGAGCUGCAGAAAAGACAGGCUGAACUCAAAGCGCUGACCGCCCACAACCGCUCGCGCAAACAGGAGCUGCUCAAGUUGGCACGGGAAGAAAUGCGAAAACAGGAGCUUCGACAGCGGGUUCGAGUGGCUGACAAUGAGGUUAUGGAGGCCUUCCGGCGCAUCAUGGCAGCCAGGCAAAAGAAACGCACUCCAACAAAAAAAGAGAAAGAUCAGGCUUGGAAAGCUUUGAAAGAGAGAGAAAGUAUUCUCAAACUCUUAGAUGGAUAAAUAUGACCGGCAGCUAUAAUGUGGUGUGUUUUUUUUUUCAUGUUUGUUGUCUAUGGACACUUCAUAAAGACAGCUUCAACAUUCAGACAACCUUAAGAGCAUGUACACAAACAUUUAAUAUAAUGUUCAUCUGUUUUGCUUACUCUCUGUCUAAAGUAAUACCUGACAUGACUAGUUGUGAUAAAUAAAAGUGCCACUGACUUGACAUUGUUGAUGCCAGAAGUAUGGCACCUUGAGUUUACUUUUUUAUUGUUUUUGGCCUUUCUGUACAGUUCCCAAAUGCAACUGAUUAACAUAACGGAUUGAUAUGGUUAAAGGAAUAAUUCACCCCAAAAUGAAACUUCCGAACCUGUAUCACUGACUUUCUUCUGUGGAACAUAAAAGAAGAUAUUUUGAAGAAUGUUGGUCACCGAACAGUAUUGGCCAUUGCAUGGAUAAAAACACAGGCAUUUCUUCUUAUGUUCCAGAGAAGAAAGAAAGUCAUAGAGGAACAACAUGAGGGUGAGGAAAUGACAUGGGUGAACUUUCUUUAAAGCUAUUCUCAUAGUGUUGAUAGUAUUUUGUUACUACAUGGGGUAGAGCAAGAACACAGUAUUUUGAGUUUUUAUAUGAUUGAAAGAAAAUAAAAGCUUUUAUAAAGGCAUUGUACAUGUAAAUAUCGAGAUUAUAAAUCCAUGUAUGUAGUCAUUUAUUUCAGUCCAUGUUGAAUUUAGUUGUAUCUGACAUUUUGUAAACUUUUUCUAAACCAUCAGCAUCAUCAUUGCGGAUGCAU